AUGGCGACGGAGGGGGAUUAUGUACCGGACUCGGACGAUGAGAUGGGAGAUUCGUCGGAAGACGAAAUCAACGUGGUGUUGACUCCGCAGGAGUGGAAAUCGAAGGCCGGUGAUCUGUACAAGGCCAAGGACUACCGCGGGGCGAUCGCCGUGUACACCCAGGGCAUCGAGGCGUGCCUACAGCAGAGGGAGGAGCAGGGCGGCGGAGCGAACGGGGGCAACGGCGGCGGCGAGAAGCCAGAAGAAGCCUUCGACGCCGUGGCGGUGGCGGCGCUCUACGGGAACCGAGCGGCGUCGUACGUGAUGAUCCUGGGGUACGAGCAGGCGAUCCUGGACUGCGACAGGGCCGUCGAGCUCAACCCCAAGUUCGCGAACGCCAUCUUCAGAAAGGCCAUGGCGCUCAAGAAGCUGGGCCGAUUCAAGGAGUCGCUCUCGGCGCUUCAGCAGGGGCUGUUGGUGGACCCCAACAACGCGGACCAGAUCAAGGAGAAGACCAACACGGAGAUGUGCGUGCGCAAGGUGCACCGAGCGACGGAUUCGCUGGCGCAGGGCAAGCCCGCGAGAGCGGCCUCGAUUCUGGAGGAGUGCCUCGUCAAGGCUCCGCAGUCGAGGGAGCUCAAGCUGAUCAAGGUGGAGUGCCUGAUGGGCAUGGGCAAGCACGAGGAGGCGUACGCGAUGAGCUCGACUCUCAUCCGAAACAGCCAGAACAACUCCAAGCUCCUCAUCACGCGAGCGCGGUGCCUCUACCUCAUGGGGAAUCUCGACAGUGCGAUCAAGCACCUGCAGGAGGCCGCGAGACAAGACCCGGACAACUCCGAGUACAGAGGGCUCAUCAAGAAGUACAAGCUCAUGGAGAGCACGAAGGAGGCGGGGAAUAAGGCCUUCAAGGCUAACGACCUCGAGGGGGCCAUCAGGUCGUGGGGCGAGGCCUUGACGGUGGACAAGACGAACAAGUCGUUCAACUCUAAGCUUUACUGCAACCGCGCGGCGGCCUACGCGAAGUUGUCGAAGCACCAGGAGGCCGUGGCGGAAGCUUCGCGAGCGUUGAGCGACGACCCGACGUACACAAAAGCCUACGAGCGACGAGCAACCAGCCUGUAUGACAUGGGCGGAGUCGAGAACCUCGAGGCGGCGUGUCGGGAUUACGAGAAACUGAUGGAUAUGAUCCCCGACGAGAAGCAGAGGGAAAUCCAGGGGAAAAUCCGCAAGACGAAGGCGGCGGUGAAGCAGGCGAAGAGGAAAGACUACUACAAGCUGCUGGGGGUGUCUAGAAGCGCGGACGACGCGGAGAUCAAGAAGGCGUACCGCAAGGCCGCGCUCAAGUACCACCCGGACAGACAGAGCAGCAAGACCGACGAGGAAAAGGAGCAAGCGGGAAAGGUGUUCCGAGACAUUGCGGAGGCAUACGAGGUGUUGUCAGACCCUACAAAGAAGGGUCGCUACGACUCGGGAGUGGAUCUCGAGGACCUCGACAACCCGCACGCGGGUCACGGGCAAGGGCAUGGCGGCAUGGAGAUCGACCCUUCGAUGCUGUUCCACAUGUUCAUGCAACAAGGAGGAGGGGGGAUGGGGGGCGGGAGAAGGGGGGGCGGAGGUGGAGGCAUGGGGGGCAUGCCAUUCCAUUUCGGGUGACGAACGACUGGAGACAGAGACGUUUCGUACCGUCAUGUGGUAAAUCAUUCGCGCUCACACAGGGGAAGGCGGGCAACUGCGACCAUUGGCGCCACCAAUCGACCAAAUCAGUAGAGGCUUGGCUCUGGGCUGCCGUCGCUUUCCAGUGGGUUGGCGUGCUGCGCUCCGGUCAACCGAUGGUUUUUCAUGGCCGCCUGGCCUGACCUGGCUGUGGCCUACCAUGGCAUGUCCCUCGGUUCCGCUUGAAAGAUUUGGGAACGCUGCAAGUUUUUAGUCUCUUCUGUUUGGGUUGUUGAUGGUGUCUCGGCUCUUGCUCUUGAGAUGGACCCAUCUUUUUUGUGGGGAAGGCAGUCGAUCGCGGCCGUACUGCUGUAGUUGCACAUUUUUUUUUUUUGUAGCGAUGAGCGAGACGUGUGGGGGCAAGGCGAGGUGUCUGCUGGACCGGAUCGGCCGACAGGCAUAUGGGCAACCAGCCAACACCCCUGUUAGAGAUUAUAGCCUUCAGCUUAAGAGCCCCCCGGGCCCCCGGCCCUCCCGCCUCAGAGAGAAUCUUGGGUUGGCGUGUUUUUCUCCUUCGUAGGUUGCUUGUUCCUACCCAAUAUUUUUUGGUGCCUCUUGUCUCGCGCAACCCAACAGGAAGACACGCAGCAAGUGUUGGCGUGGACGUCUUCAUUGUGUUGCUCUGCACUUAUUCUUAUUCUUAUUCUUGGACGUGGAGAACAAACUGUAACUCCAGGAUGACGGCGGAGAAGGGCGAGGUUGUCAUGGUUCUUGAAGCAGUCGUGGUCGGCGGUAAGACGAGGACGUACGUGUCGAGAAAGUACGUUUUGCCGGUAAUUGUUGUGCGGAUGGGAUUGAGGUGUGGGUACGACCAAGGGUCUCUUUUGCC